ACACACACACACACACACACACACACACACACACACAUCUGUACUGUUUAAGACGAAUAUUAGUAUUAAUCUUUUUUACUUUGUAAAAAAUCACGGAUGAUGGUCAAGUGAUGUGGUUUGUGUAGGUGAUAUUGGUUCUAAAGGCAACAACGGCAGUAUUGGCAAUUCUGGGCCUAAAGGUGACGAAGGUGAUAAAGGGGAUGUUGGCAAUUCUGGACGUAAAGGUGACAAAGGAGAAAACGGAAAUGCUGGUGAGAAAGGAAAUGAAGGAACUAUGGGACCUAUGGGUGACAAGGGAGAAAUCGGAACUGGUGAGAAAGGAGACAAAGGAACAGGAGAUGUUGGACCUAAAGGAGGCAAAGGGAGUGUUGGUGCUCUUGGGCCAAAAGGAGACAAAGGUGAUAUUGGUCCUAAAGGCAACAACGGCAGUAUUGGCAAUUCUGGGCCUAAAGGUGACGAAGGUGAUAAAGGGGAUGUUGGCAAUUCUGGACGUAAAGGUGACAAAGGAGAAAACGGAAAUGCUGGUGAGAAAGGAAAUGAAGGAACUAUGGGACCUAUGGGUGACAAGGGAGAAAUCGGAACUGGUGAGAAAGGAGACAAAGGAACAGGAGAUGUUGGACCUAAAGGAGGCAAAGGGAGUGUUGGUGCUCUUGGGCCUAAAGGAGACAAAGGUGUCAAAGGAGACAAAGGAAUAGGAGAUGUUGGAUCAAAAGGAGACAAAGGGAGUGUUGGUGCUCUUGGGCCUAAAGGAAACAAAGGUGAUAUUGGUCCUAAAGGCAACAACGGCAGUAUUGGUAGUUUUUCUGCUUUUGUGUCACAUUGGUUGAUAUUCUCAAAGAACCAUUUUGUUUAG